AUACGUUUUGAAUACAUACGCGCCAGAAAACGCCCCAACCUCCCGCUAGUUUCGAAUCAUCAUGAAAACGUUACAAAUAUUUGAUUUGACGUCAUCGUUUCAACUCCAGAACAAAUGUAUUUGAAUCACGUUUUGAAUACAUUAGCGCCAGAAAACGCCUCAUGUGUCAAAAUGACUCAAUUUAUUUACAUUCAAUUUAAUUUAAUAGUAAUUUCUUAUUUCGCUCUCGCUUUAUCCCAUUAGAUUUCCAAAAUUGCAUCUUUUUCGAAUGAGGAAUUUCUGUCUAUGGAGAGAGGAAAAAUAAUAAUGAUCUUUAAUUUUUAAUUGAAACCGGUGACCUGUAUUCAGCAUUUACAAAAUCCAGUAAAUAUUAAAAUCUUUACAAGUGCCUUUUUGAAUGCGAUGUAGUCAAAACUGUGAGAAAAAUACAUUACAAUGUCAAACGCAAGAAUGCCCGAAGUAGAAAACUUCCCAAAGACAGGAAGAGUGACCGAAGUUUGCCAAGAAUGGAUGGUUAGAGAGGAUAGCGCUCUGGCCUACCGUUUGCAAAACCAAGAGUUUGACGAACAUUUAACCGGAAAUAAAUUCAGAAAUGCAGUGGUGCGCGAGGAUUUCCCCCGAGCAAAAGAUGAGCAAAUUAGAGAACAAAGAAUGGCUGAACAGGCAGCUGCUAUUUACCACAAGAUGUUGGCAGAGCAGGAAGAAAUUGAUAACAAAAUUGCCAAAGAUUUAGCAGAUAAAAUGGAACGUGAAGAAAAACUGAAGCUCAGAGCAUUGGAAUUACAUGAUCAGGCAGUUGCUAGACAACUAUUAGAUAAAGAAAGGCUCAAAGUUGAGAAAUUUCAACAAAUGCCGAUCACAGGUGUUCCGUAUUCUCCUCAAAAGCCACUUCAGUUACCACCAAAAUAUGAAUCUCAAGCUUCACCCCAUCGUCCGAAUCCGCAGAAUUAUCAGGCUAAUUUACCGCGAAGACAAGCCUUAGCUAUGCCUCUACCACAAUCCAGUACCACAGCGUAUGAAGUCUAUGUCGACCCUAUUAGCACAAGCACUGACCAAUUCUGUGAAAUUAGCAGUGCUGAAAUAUACAACGAACCAUACAAUCCGGUCCAUAAGUUAUCGGAUAAGUUUAAUCGAAUAGAUAUUGAUGAAAUUGGCCUUCCCAUUGACGAAAUUACUGAAAGACAGAUUCAAGAGGAACGGGAUGCAGAGCUAGCUCGUAAACUGCAAGAGCAAGAGGGGUCUCUAGAGGAUUCCCUGUUGAACAGGGACAGGAUGCUAGCCAUAGAAGCUCAGGAUAAGGAGCUCGCAAAGUUAUUACAAGAAAGAGAAAGAGCAAAGGCAAAACGUGCAAGAGAAAGAGCAAAGCAAAAAGCAAUAGCUAAGAAACAGCAGCAGCAAGCAGAACAUGAGCGGGAUGCAAACCAAAUUAUGCCUGAUGAUUCAUAUGCUUUUCCUGCAGAUGUCUUGCCCAAUCAUGGGGGGAAUGUCCCAAGGACUGUGGCAGCCCAUCCAGACUUGUAUGCCAUUCCAAAUCUAGAAGAAGAAGAUGUGAACUACAGUCUUCCAGCAGAUGUGUUGAUGAAUGCUAAUAGUUUCAAAACAAAUUAUGGUCCCUCAAAAACCAACUUCCACGGAGCAGAAGUCAAAGAGAUCAAUAGUAUGGGGUCUUUGAAUGGUUCACUUCUGGAAAAAGAAACAGGAGCAGGUUUGCCAGCUACUAGACCAACACAUUUGGAUUUAAGAUCUCCUCUGAACAGAAUCAACAAGCCUCGUUAUCCAGAUCCAGAUGUCUGUGAAACUACUAGUGUUGGGUCUUCUACAACAUCUCCUGCUCAGCUUACCAAUAUCGCUAUGGCAAUCGAUCCUACCUAUUCACGCAGGGGAUAUCGUGCAUCAUCUAGUUAUGACACUGGCUCCAGCACUGUGACUACUAGUACUUCCAGCAGUAGUCCAGGGAUUCUUCCUCCACCUGAUAUAGCUGAGCAGGAUGAUGACAGUCCAGUGCCGCCAUACAUGCCCAUCCAAGGUCAAAGAAGGACAUCAUCAUUGGAGAAAAAACAAAAGAAGAAGAGUAAGGAUGGUGGCUGUAAACAACAAUAGUGUUAAUAAUAGGAAAACAUUUGGUAAAAAAGAAUUCGUAGAAUAUUCUGUUCAAGUUCUAGCAUUCGAAAAACAAUUUGCAAGAUUCUCAUGAAUGGGUUAAUCAUUUGGAAUCUAUUUUUUUUAAUUCCGUGUGAAAUAUUUCAAUUCAGUUGGUGGUAAUAAGAAAUCUCCUAAUGAAUUAAGGUAACUUGUUUUUCAACAUAGAAUUACAUAAUUAUCAGAAAAAAAACUAAAAAAAAUUAGGUAAUUGUCUGUAUGUGGCAGCUCACUCAAACAUUGCGUGUCUCGAGACACAAUUUGAGAGCAUUUUAUAUCCUUUUUUUAUUAAUAUUUCACCUGAAAAAGUGGUAUCUUGAUCCUUACUGUCAACAUUUAAGGACGUUUUUUUUCUGUUGAUAUUUGAUGUACUUAAUCCUAAUUCAAUAAUAAGACUUUUCAGGUGCUGAAUUAUUCAUA